AUGCAUAGGGAAGAAAAACCUUAUGAAUGUACUGAGUGUGGAAAAAUGUUCCGGGGAAGUUCAGAUCUAAUUCGACAUUGGAUAAUUCAUACUGGAGAGAAACCCUACGAAUGUAGUGAAUGUGGGAAAGCCUUUAGCCAGAGGUCACACCUUGUUACACAUCAGAAAAUUCAUACUGGAGAGAAGCCCUAUCAGUGCAAUGAAUGUGGGAAAGCCUUCAGGCAGCAUUCACUCCUUAUUCAACAUUGGAGAAUCCAUAGUGGUGAAAAACCCUAUGAAUGUAAGGAAUGUGGAAAACCUUUCAUUUGGCACACAGCUUUCCUUAAGCAUCAAAGACUGCAUACUGGAGAGAAACUUGAAGAAAGUGAGAAAACCUUCAGUAAGGUUGAGGGGCGUAGAGAAGAGCAGAGAAUUCACAAAGAAGAGAAAGCUUAUCAGUGUAAUCAGUGUGGCAGAACUUUCCGAGGCAGCUCAGAUCUCAUCAGACACCAGAUAAUUCAUUCAGGAGAGAAACCAUAUGAAUGUAAAGAAUGUGGGAAAACAUUUAACCAGAGUUCAGACCUUUCGAGACAUCAUAGAAUUCAUAGUGGAGAAAAACCUUACAUGUGCAAUAAAUGUGGAAAAUCAUUUAGAGGCAGCUCAGAUCUUAUUAAACACCAUCGUGUUCAUACUGGGGAGAAACCCUAUGAAUGCUCUGAAUGUGGGAAGGCUUUCAGUCAGAACUCACACUUUGUUAGUCAUCAGAGAAUUCACACUGGAGAGAAACCCUUUGAAUGUAGCAACUGUGGGAAGGCCUUUAGCGUGUGCACAGCUUUUCUUAGACAUCAGAAACUUACACUGGAAAGGAAUUGGAGGAAUGUGAGAGGAUCUUCAAACAGGACUUAUUCUAAUAAAUAACAAAACCUAGUGAAUGUAGGAAAAGCCAGAUGGAAACUACAUCUUUUUGCACUAUAUGAGAUUUUUUUUGAAA